AUGAAUUUCCAUACACCCGGAUUACCGUUACAACAAUGUAUACCUUCAGACCAUGGACAAUUCGACAGUACUGUGGAAGAAAGCAACAAAUUUUACAAGGCUAAUAUUGCAGCUGGACAACAAGGUCUCAGUGUGGCCUUUGACCUCCCUACACAUCGUGGCUAUGAUUCAGAUAAUCCCCGAGUGACUGGUGAUGUGGGAAUGGCUGGUGUGGCAAUAGAUUCUGUAGAAGAUACUAAACUGUUAUUCCAAGACAUCCCAUUGGACAAGAUCAGUACAUCAAUGACCAUGAAUGGUGCUGUUCUUCCUGUGAUGGCCAUGUAUAUUGUAGCAGCAGAAGAACAAGGUGCAAAACAGAUAAACUUGGCUGGCACAAUCCAGAAUGACAUUCUUAAAGAAUUCAUGGUGAGGAACACCUACAUUUUUCCUCCAGAACCUUCCAUGCAGAUUAUUGGAGAUAUUUUUGAAUACACCUCAAAGUUUAUGCCCAAAUUCAACUCCAUUUCCAUUUCUGGCUAUCAUAUGCAAGAGGCUGGUGCUGAUGCUGUCUUGGAACUGGCUUUUACCAUUGCAGAUGGUCUGGAAUAUAUCCGAACAGGUGUGAACCGGGGACUCAAUGUGGACAAAUUUGCCCCACGUCUUUCUUUCUUUUGGGGUAUUGGCAUGAAUUUCUACAUGGAAAUAGCAAAACUACGAGCUGGUCGCCGGCUCUGGGCUCAUCUUGUUGGCAAGUUCAAUCCCAGUAACCCGAAAUCCAAACUCUUGAGGUGUCAUUGUCAGACAUCUGGUUGGUCGUUGACUGAACAGGACCCCCAUAACAACAUCAUUCGAACAGCAAUAGAAGCAAUGGCGGCUGUGUUUGGGGGAACACAGUCUUUACACACAAAUUCUUUUGAUGAAGCCUUGGGCUUACCAACACCAUUCAGUGCCCGCAUUGCCAGAAAUACCCAAAUCAUCCUCCAAGAGGAGUCAGGUAUUCCCAAGGUUGCUGAUCCCUGGGGCGGUUCCUAUAUGAUGGAGAACCUAACAAAUGAUAUAUACGAUGCUGCAUUGAAAGUGAUUGAAGAGGUUGAAGAACUUGGGGGAAUGGCCAAAGCGGUGGCAUCAGGCAUGCCGAAACUGAAAAUUGAAGAAUGUGCAGCCCGAAGACAAGCCAGAAUUGAUAGUGGAUCUGAGGUGAUUGUUGGGGUGAACAAGUAUCGGCUGCAAGAAGAAGAACUGGUUGAUGUUUUGGCGAUCGACAACACAAAAGUGCGAGAGUCCCAAAAUGCCAGGCUGAAAAAAAUCCGAGAAACCCGAGAUUCCAAACAGGCUGACAGAUGUUUAGAAGCCAUUACCAAAUGCUGUGAAUCCAAAGAUGGUAACCUUUUGGCGCUUUCCAUUGAAGCUGCUCGUGCCAGGUGUUCUGUUGGAGAGAUCACAGAUGCCAUGGAAGUAUUUUCGUCUUUAUUUAUCUCUUCUUUCUUCUGGCUCACAUACGAGUUAAGCAAUGUUGAACCUUGUCAGGAAAUGGAAAAAAGAAACCGCUCUCUCUUUCCAUUCACCUUUUCUCUCUUUCCCUCUCUUUCUCCCUUCCCAUGA